AUGUCCUCCAGCGCACUCACGGUGCAGAUUGCUGGUUUCUGCCACCGGGACAGCAGACGGCGGGCUGAGACUAGCGGGCACCGAGCAGCAUCUCUCUUCUCCAGCGCCAAGAAGAGAGAAGCAGAGCUGUUGGCCAAGGGCAAUGCCAAGCUUGCCAAGGUCUUGCUGAGGGAGGGGAAGCAGGGGCACCGACACAGCCUGCGACAGGCCUCCUGGCAGGUGCUGGCCUCCACAGUGCAGGAGCAGGAGGCCAAGCAGGUGGGUGCCGGACUGAACGAGCUGGAUCGGCAGACCAAGGCCAGGACAUUGGACAAGGAAAGAGAGUAUUGGGGCUCAGAAAAUGAUACCUCAAAGUAUGUGCUUUGGCAUGCUGAGUACUUCGAACUAAAGAAGAUUAGAAGGCCUCGGAAGCAAAGUCUCUCUCUGACCUUCUCCUACCCUCCUGUAUCCCAUUCUUCUUUCUCCCCAAAAGUAAGUUAUAGAAAUGAGAAUUCCUUUUCCCAAGGUGGGUCAGGGAAACUAGAACCCAUCUCCUCAAAGCAAGCCAUAAAACCUAGAAAGCUCACUCUCUCCCUUCUCCCUUCAAGACCCUCAUUUCAGGAGGUCCUGCUCCCUUCCCAGGGGGAAGGAAUGCUACACAGAGAGGCCACAAAGAAUCUAAACAGACAGGACUUGCUUGGGACACCUCCACCCCAUAAUUUAUUAUCUCAUGAGAUCAUAUCCUUUUUGUCCAAUUACAUUUCUAUAUGGUUUAUCCAUUCUUCAUCAAACCUGAGCAUAAAAACAGACUAUUUUCUUUGAGUCUUUGUUCAUUUCUGAAGUCUCCUGUGUCAAGUACAAUUUUGGUUAAAUAAAUUUGUUACGCUUUUCUU